CAGUUCAGCCACCCAAACCCAAAUAUGGACACACAUAUUGUCGCCAUACCUCGACGGCGACAAAAUAACGCUGGAAGUCAACUAGAAGUUACGACGCCAUGGCCGAACAAAAAACAGCACCCACCAACCCCAUGAAGGAGCUGAAGAUUGACAAACUCGUCAUCAACAUCUGUGUCGGCGAGUCUGGUGAUCGUCUCACACGUGCAUCUAAAGUCCUCGAACAGCUCACCGGUCAAACACCCGUCACAUCGAAAGCUCGCUACACCGUCCGUACAUUCGGUAUCCGUCGUAACGAGAAGAUUGCUGUUCACGUCACCAUCCGUGGGCCUAAGGCAGAGGAGAUUCUUGAGCGUGGUCUCAAGGUGAAGGAGUACGAACUGCGCCGGAAGAAUUUCUCGGAGACCGGCAACUUCGGUUUCGGUAUUCAGGAGCACAUCGACCUUGGUGCGAGAUACGAUCCUGGUAUCGGUAUCUUCGGUAUGGACUUCUACGUUGUGAUGGGUCGCCCUGGUGCCCGUGUUGCCAGAAGAAAAGAGAGACGGGCACGUAUUGGGUUCCAACACAGAGUGAGGAGAGAUGACACCAUGGCUUGGUUCAAGCAGCGGUUCGAUGGUAUCAUUUUGAAAUAAUCAUUUCCAUCCCUCUCUGCGCCCUUUCCUGAGCGGCAGGCAUCAGGAAUAGUCUACAUAUGCUUUUCAUCACCCCCAAUGCACUUAUUUUCCCUGUAGCCAGAAAAGAAUACAGCUAUGCAAGUCCUGCGAUACAACUUGACCAGCAAGGGAAGUUGGUUCUUGUCCUCAGGGCCACAGGAUUGGCCUCUGCAUGACAGAAGAUCGAA